AUGGUCCUCUUUAGAGUGUCCUUAGGUGGUUACGAGGAUGUUUUUUUCCAAGGUUUCUAUGGAGUUCCCGGAUCGAAUUGUACCGAUGGUUAUGCAAAUCAUGAUGGAUUGUGUGCACUGAUUGGUUCGUUCACUACGGAAAAACCACUCACUCAACCUCCGGCAAAACCAACUUCUGAUGCAAAAGAUAAGGAUUCGGUUGAAGUGGCUGCUGUGACCACUGGAUCUUCUUCUACUUUUAUCCUCGUCGCCGUUUUGCUUUUUUUCGUUUCUUUCUCAUAUUCGUAUUGA